GUUUCGCGUUGGACUCCGCCCGUGCUGGAUUAACGUGGCCAUGAUAGUCACCGCCAAGUUGGUAGCCAUCGGCCUGAGCCUGGCCCUCACGGCCUUCACCGUGUCCACCAUUGUCCUGGCCGUCCAGAAGUCGAACCUAAAGAGCGAUCUGCGCGAUGCCCAGGAGAAGCUGGACCUCCUCGAAGCGGGAUUCACCAGCACGACAGCUCCGACAACCCCAACCACGCCGACUACCGAUGUGCCAAGCAGUCUGGAACCCACUGCCUCCCCUGGAAGUACUGCCUCCCCUGGAAGCACUGCCUCCCCUGGAAGCACUGCCUCCCCUGGAAGCACUGCCUCCCCUGGAAGUACUGCAUCGCCUGGCACCACUGCUGCGCCGGAGGAGAAAAUCGACUACCGACUGCCCGGCCAUCUGAUACCCAGCCACUACGAUCUCUACCUCUUUCCCAAUAUCGAAACGGGCGAGUUCAGUGGUCAGGAGACCAUCACCAUUAAGGUUGCAGAGCCCACGGAUCGCAUAGUACUGCACUCCCUCAACCUGAGCAUUUCGAGUGUGUCCCUGACGAACACGGGCAGUGAUACCCUGCAGAUCCUGGAGAGAUCCUUCGAUCCCCUCAGGGAGUUCCUCAUAUUCCAGCUCAACGAACCUCUAGCACUGAACAGGGAAGUGAAGCUGCAUCUUGGGUUCGAGGGAUCGAUGGCCAACAAGAUUGUGGGCCUGUACAGUUCGUCGUAUGUGAAGGAGGACGAGAGCCGCAAGUGGAUAGCCACCUCCAAGUUUGAGCCUACCUACGCCCGCCAGGCGUUCCCCUGCUUCGAUGAGCCGGCUUUGAAGGCUGAGUUCACCAUUACCCUGGUGCAUGCGUCCGGGGAGGACUACCAUGCCCUGUCCAACAUGAACGUGGCAUCGAGCGUCAACCAGGGCGCCUACCAGGAGGUCACCUUCGCCAAGAGCGUGCCCAUGAGCACCUACCUGGCCUGCUUCAUCGUCUCCGACUUUACCGCCAAGCAGGUGGCCAUCGACACCAAGGGCAUUGGCGAGUCCUUCACCAUGAGCGUCUACGCCACUCCGGAGCAGCUGGACAAGGUGGACCUGGCCGUCGACAUUGGCAAGGGCGUCAUCGAGUACUACAUCGACUACUUCCAAAUCGCCUACCCGCUGCCCAAGCUGGACAUGGCCGCCAUCCCGGACUUCGUCUCCGGCGCCAUGGAGCACUGGGGACUGGUCACCUACCGCGAAACAUCGCUCCUGUACGACGCGGAGACCAGUUCGGCGACCAACAAGCAGCGCAUCGCCAGCGUAAUUGCCCACGAGUUCGCUCACAUGUGGUUCGGAAACUUGGUUACAAUGAACUGGUGGAAUGAUCUCUGGCUAAACGAAGGUUUCGCCAGCUUCAUCGAGUACCUCGGCGUGGAUGCCGUCUACCCAGAAUGGCAAAUGCGGGAUCAAUUCAUUGUGAGCACUCUGCACGGCGUACUCACCUUGGACGGAACCCUGGGCUCCCACCCGAUCAUCCAGACCGUGGAGAAUCCCGACCAGAUCACGUUGAUCUUCGACACCAUCACCUACUCGAAGGGCUCCUCCCUGGUGCGCAUGCUGGAGGACUUCCUGGGGGAGACCACCUUCCGCCAGGCGGUGACCAACUACCUGAACGAGUACAAGUACUCCACGGCGCAAACGGGCAACUUCUUUGCGGAGAUCGACAAACUGGAACUGGGCUACAAUGUCACGGACGUCAUGCUGACAUGGACGGUGCAGAUGGGUCUGCCGGUGGUCACGAUCGAGAAGGUAUCCGCCACUGAAUACAAAUUGACGCAGAAGCGCUUCUUGUCCAACCCGAACGACUAUGACGCGGCUCACGAGCCCUCGGAAUUCAACUACCGCUGGUCGAUCCCCAUCACUUAUACCACCAGUGAGCAUCCGCAGGUGCAACGGCAGUGGUUCAAUCACGGCCAGAGCGAAAUCACUGUGACCCUCCCAGCUGCCGUCCAGUGGAUCAAGUUUAACUCCGAUCAGGUGGGCUACUAUCGGGUGAACUACGAGACCGAACUGUGGACCGCUCUGGCCGACCAACUGGUGGCCGAGCCGAACACCUUCAGCGCCGGUGACCGCGCCUCCCUGCUCAACGAUGCCUUUGCCCUGGCCGACUCCACCCAGCUGCCCUAUGCGACGGCCUUCGAGCUGACCAGGUACCUGGCCAAGGAGUCCGACUACGUGCCCUGGAGCGUGGCCGCCUCCCGACUCACUUCGCUGAAGCGAACGCUCUACUACACCAGCAGCUAUGCCAAGUAUAAGAAGUAUGCCACCGCCCUGAUCGAGCCCAUUUACAAGGCGCUCACCUGGACGGUGGGCGAGGAUCACUUGAAUAAUCGCCUGCGUGUCACCGCCUUGAGUGCCGCCUGUUCGUUGGGUCUGGAGUCCUGCCUCUCGGAGGCCGGCGAGCAGUUCAGCACCUGGCUGGCCAAUCCCGAGGAUCGGCCCAAGGCCGAUGUGCGCGAGACGGUCUACUACUAUGGCCUGCUCUCUGUGGGCGACCAGGAGGUCUGGGAUGCCGUGUGGCAGCUCUUCGUGACGGAGGCCGAUGCCAGCGAGAAGUCCAAACUGAUGUAUGGCCUGUCCGCCGUGCAAACUCCAUGGUUACUGCAGCGCUACAUUGAUCUCGCGUGGAACGAGGAGUACGUGAGGGGCCAGGACUACUUCACCUGUUUGUCCUACAUCGCGGCGAAUCCUGUGGGCGAGUCCUUGGUCUGGGACUAUGUCCGCGAGAACUGGCAGCGGUUGGUGGAUCGAUUUGGUCUAAACGAACGCUAUCUGGGCAACCUGAUACCCUCGAUCACGGCCCGCUUUAGCACUCAGACCAAGCUGGAGGAGAUGGAGCAGUUCUUUGCCAAGUAUCCGGAGGCAGGAGCCGGCACAGCUGCCCGCGUGAGGGCUCUGGAGACGGUCAAGAACAACAUCGUGUGGCUGGCCGAGAAUCUGGAGGGCGUGGACGCCUGGCUGGAUAAGCAGCAACUGUAGAAAAGUCCGAGGAGGAAUCGCGUAUCGCGUUUAAUUUGUACUCAUCUAAUUGCCACUAUAAAGCAAAAAUAUGCCAAACAAGUGGAAAUAAAGAUUAGCUGGCAUGGGAAAUUACAGCUAUAUAAAUAAGCAA